UACGCUUCAACCGCACUUUUCAGUGCAGCAAGUUUGGCUCCAUCCUCUCCAGUUAGGGGACAUUUUUUUUUUUUUUUUUUUUUAAAGCCAGACCUGGUCAUUACUUGUGGUCAUGAAAAUAGUUGAUACGAAAAUGCAAUUCUUGUGGAUGUUUUUACCCUUGCGCUUUUUCUCCUGGCAUGAUGCGUGUGCCUAGCUGAGGACGCCUCAAAGGUCAUCAAAACCAUAGAGAACCAAAUUUUAUCCUGGGAGCAGCUGACACUGGCGGCAAUGGCAUCGAACAGCCUCUUCAGCUCUGUGACACCUUGCCAGCAAAACUUCUUCUGGGAUGCGAGCGCGACUCGGCGCUUCAGCCCCCCGUCCAGCAGCCUGCAGCCGCUCCCGGCCAAGAUGAACGAGGUGAGCAGCAGUAGCGGCGGAGGAGCAGGAGGAGGAGGAGGAGGGUUAGGCGGAGGAGGAGGGAGCACCGGCGGGAUUAACAGCAUUAGUGGCGGGAAUGCGGGAGGUGGAACCGGGCAACACGACGCGAGGCUGCGGCCGCUGGAGAACCGCUCCAUGGCAGAAAUCAUCGCCGAUCAUCCGGCAGAGCUCGUGCGCACCGACAGCCCGAACUUCCUCUGCUCCGUGCUGCCCUCUCACUGGCGGUGCAACAAAACGCUGCCGGUCGCUUUCAAGGUGGUGGCCCUGGGAGAUGUUCCUGAUGGCACUGUUGUCACUGUGAUGGCUGGGAACGAUGAGAAUUACUCAGCGGAGCUGCGCAAUGCUUCAGGUGUCAUGAAGAACCAGGUGGCUCGCUUUAACGAUCUGCGCUUUGUGGGACGCAGCGGACGAGGGAAGAGCUUCACCCUGACGAUUACAGUGUUCACAAACCCUCCACAAGUGGCCACUUACCACAGAGCCAUUAAGGUCACGGUGGACGGACCACGUGAACCAAGAAGGCACCGGCCGAAGCUGGACGAUUCACCGAAGGCAGGCCUGUUCUCCGACCGCCUCAGCGAGCUCGAACGCAUUCGACAGAGCACCAUGAGAGUGGCUGUGCCAACACAAACCCCCCGAACUUCACUCAACACCCCCAACUCGUUCUCUCCUCAGGGCCAGAGCCAGAUCUCAGACCCACGGCAGUCACAGUCGUCCCCUCCUUGGUUUAAUGAGCAAGUGUAUUCAUCAUACCUGAGCCCCAUGGCGUCCCCCUCGGUGCACUCUACAACCCCUCUGUCCUCCAGCCGCGCCACUGGCCUGCCAUCCAUCAGCGACGUUCCCCGCCGCCUGCCAGGAUCAACAGAUCUGACUCCCUUCCCGGGGCAGUUUGAGCGGCAGUUCCCAGGAUUCUCCUCCCUUACUGAGAGUCGAUUCUCCAGCCCACGCAUGCACUAUCCAGCAACGUUUACCUACACGCCUACCCCAGUCACAACAGGCAUGUCUCUGGGCAGUGCCCAUUACCACACAUACCUGCCCCCGCCAUACCCAGGCUCCACUCAGAGCCAGAGUGGACCAUUCCAGAGCAGCAGCACCCCCUAUCUCUACUAUGGGGCCUCCUCUGGCUCCUACCAAUUCUCUAUGGUACCGGGGGGAGAUCGCUCACCUUCCAGGAUGCUGCCCACCUGUACUAGCGCCUCCACAGGUGCCUCGUUGGUCAAUGCUAGUCUUCCUGUGCAGGCUGAUGGAGGGAGCGGUGUGGAGGAGGACGGCAGCCACAGCAACUCUCCAACUGUGCUUAAUCCAGCAGGGAGGAUGGACGAAGGAGUGUGGCGGCCGUAUUGACAGAAUUAAAGGAAGAAAAAGAAACAGGACCAUGUGCCUGUCAGACAGGUGAAUCGCAAACCAGAGACAUGGUUUUAAAGCACAAACCCUACCAGGACCCGUGUCCUAUCUUGCUGAGACAUUCUCUUUUGCCUUGUUUAUUUUUUAUUCCUGAUAAAAUGUCACUUUUUAUGAGUAUUUAUAGAACAUGGUUCUUCAAAGGGAAGUAUUUACAGUAAAUACAGACUAAUGGCGGUUUGUGUUAGUUGUAUAACUGUAAUGCAAAAAAAUCCAUUCCUCUCAAACCAAUAGCUCAUCAAUAAAAGUAGUAAGGCUAAAAAAAAAAAAGCUACGAGUUUGUUAGCUCAUAAAAAACCAAACAUUCGUUCGGUUUUUACAUGCAGUUUAAAGCACUGAGCGGCAGUUGGUUUCAGUUGAAUAUGACAAACCAAAUUUGUUUUUAGAAAUAAUUUUCUUUCUUUCUUUUUUUUUAACUUAAGUAAUUUAAAUUAUGCAUAUUUGGUGAACAAAUAUUGAGUUGUAAGUUAUAAAGCCAUAACUUAAGUAAUGUAUUUUGAACUUGAGUCAUAGACGGAAUAUUUUUGUAAUGCAUCUAUGUUCAAGUUAAUAAUGAAAUUGAUAUGUAAUUUAAAGAAACAUUUUCUGUGCCUUAAGCCAUUUUUAAAAAAAAAUAAUUUUUCCUUUGUGUAUGUAUACUGAGAUUCCUAUAUCUGCGUAUUGUGCAUUAUGAAAAGUUCUAUUCUUAUAUAGCAGAUAGUCUUGCCAGUCUGAAUUAUUGCUUAGUUGCUCAGUACAUAAAGCUCUGAUGCCAUUUUAUGUUUGACUUCAAACCAAAAAGGCCACGUUCUCUUGGAAACUGUUUAUUGAUUAUACCAUUCUUCUUCUCGAUGUGUAUGCAUCAUGCUCAGAUAAAUCUGUCAGUGUUAAACCUAGUGUAAGCUGAAAACGGUUGCAGUCCAUUUGGACAGAAAUAAGGGCUAUAACAGGGAAACUACCAAAGAUUCUGUACAUUAAGGGGCCUGCUGUGCACCAACUUGAAGACUGGAUCUGUUAACUGGAGCCGUAUGAAAGCCACAAACAACAUUUCACGAUGUGAAAAUACUGUUUAUCCUCAAAAUGGUAUUGCUCAGUGUAAUGGCAGCUAAAACAAAACUCCUUAUGGAACAAUAGAGAUUUUUAAGAUGACUGAAUUCUGAGUACAAUUUGGGUACGUUUAGCUAUACUUAUUGCUGGAGAUUAAGGAUGCACAUUGCUAUUUCUAUUAGUUAUUAAUGUAAUUUAAUCACCUCUGUGGCUAUUGCUCCAACACUAGAAUUAAGUCCUGGACAAAAUCUAUAGGUCAGCUUGAUGUCUGCUUUAAUACUGAUUUUGUUUCUAGGAACAAUAAAGCAAGGUAAACAUAUUUACUGUAAGUUUAAACAGCACUUAAAUGUGUAAUAUUGUGGUACAACAACCAACCCUACCCUGAUUCCGCCUCGCCUUUAUGCAAUGCCCUACACAGUCAUGCCAGCAGACUCAUCGUUUCAUUUGCAUUACUGUUCAGUGCCUUACAUUAUAAAGUGCACAAAGACAAAGAUACAGUGUAACGAGUAUCCGGUGUGCCACAGUCAGAUGUAUGCGUUUAUGAGUCUUGGAAUGCUAAAGCAUGUUUCUGCUGAUCAGAUUUGACAGAGAUAAGCAAAGCACUUAGUCGUUUAUGCAGUUAAAUUGCAUCGUCACGCCACUCAAUUUAAUGGGCUCGACUGUAUCAAUGUUUGCUGGAAAUUAAUUAUCUAAUCUAAUUAGAUUUCUACAAAGAUUGUAGAGUUUACAGCAAAAUUUACAACGUCCAAAAACAUUGAGACAUUACAGUACUGCGCAGAAGUCUUGAGACUCCCCGUAUUUUGCUUCCAAGGAGACAGACUUUCUUGUAUUUUUAUUAUUAUCUAUUGAGAAAUAGUUCUCCAGGCAUCAUGAAGGACUUUUUUGCCUGUUAUUUUGAACCAGUGAGAAACAGGAGCAGAUGAUCAUUGCAGAUGAUGACAGAUGAUGAUCAGGCCGGUGAUUAGUAUACUGGUGAUGCUGAAUGCUGAGUGGUUGGAACAGACGAGAGGGGAAACAAGGUUGCUGCUGAGGUUGUUAUCUAUACAAUAUUUUUUUUUAUUGUAUCUUUAUGCACCUUGCAGCCUCUCCUUACAAAACAUUUGCUUCCAUUUCUUUAAAUUACUCAACAUUUAAAUUUUAUUUCAUACAAAGAAGAAGAAUUAGGGAUGGCUUAAGACUAUUGCACAGUACUGUACUUUUUACACCAUUUGUUAUUUCUAUUGAAUCAUGUUCAGUUCGGGAGUUCAAAUAAAUAUCAUUGUAUGGUCUUAAGUAUCUGUGAGAGGGAGCAGAGAUCAAAAUUUGUUUACAAAGUGUUUACAAUAUUGUGAGUGUAGAUAGUUGCCAUAAGAGAAAAAAUAUACCCCUGCUGCAUUUGUGCUUAUUAUUCAUUUUUUUUCUUUUUUUUUUUUUUCUCUGUAAAAUAUUUAUCCUCCCUGGUUAAGCAACCAGAAGGGGUGGGAACGUUAGGUAGGUGGAUUUGCUAUGAGCUAAUUCUUCUUUGGAGAUUGCAUGCUUUGCUUCACUUGCACAAAUGUGUUUUUAUUUAUCAUGUUUCCAACCUUAAUGUUAAUGAGUCUUCCUUCUUUUUUUAAAACAGCGGCUACAGGAAAUGACUAUCACGACAACAAUGAGCUAAA